GGAAGAUGGCGGACGUUACGGGACAAGGAAACGGUUCCUCGGUCCCCCCGCUGCCUCGCCCUUCCUCCCGUAACGGCUCCGGGAGCGGCAGCGUUACUCCAGACACCGGCGGCAGCUGCUGGCAGACGCCAACCACCGUUACUUCAGGCCCGAGGCUAGUUCGCAUCGUGAAGUCCGACUCGGGCUACGGCUUCAACGUUCGGGGACAAGUUAGCGAAGGGGGACAGCUGCGGAGCAUCAACGGGGAGCUGUACGCCCCGCUGCAGCACGUUAGCGCCGUUCUUCCCGGGGGAGCUGCGGACAGAGCUGGCAUCUCCAAGGGGGACAGAAUCCUCGAGGUCAACGGUGUAAACGUAGAGGGAGCCACACACAAACAGGUGGUGGAUCUGAUCCGGGCUGGUGAGAAAGAGCUGGUGCUGGCCGUGCUGUCCGUCCCGCCGCAGGAGGCCGACUGCCUGGAUCCUGGCGACGAUGGAUCAGCCCUCUCCUGUUACGACUACUCUGACAAGCAGGCCGUCCCCAUCUCCAUUCCCAGCUACAAACACACCGAGCUCAACAAUGAAAAGUUUGUGGUUUACAACGUGUAUAUGGCAGGCAGGCAGCUGUGCUCCAAGCGUUACCGGGAGUUUGUGAUUCUGCAUCAAAACCUAAAGAGAGAAUUUGCUAAUUUUACGUUCCCCAAGCUGCCUGGGAAGUGGCCGUUUUCGCUGUCGGAGCAGCAGCUGGAUGCACGGCGCCGAGGCUUGGAGGAGUACCUGGAGAAAGUGUGCUCUGUACGGGUUAUCGGAGAGAGUGACAUCAUGCAGGAGUUCCUAUCUGAAUCAGACGAGAACUAUAACGGCGUGUCAGAUGUGGAGCUGAGAAUAGCCAUGCCUGAUAAAACGACGCUCACCGUCCGAGUUCGCAAAAACUCAACUACAGACCAGGUUUAUCAGGCUGUGGUUAUGAAACUAGGCAUGGACAGUGUAACAGCCAGCUACUUUGCUCUGUUUGAGGUCAUCAACCACACCUUUGUGCGUAAACUCGCCCCCAAUGAGUUCCCCCACAAACUGUAUGUACAAAACUAUACCUCAGCCAUCCCAGGAACCUGCCUUACUCUGCACAAGUGGCUCUUCACCACAGACGAAGAGAUUCUGCUCAGUGACAACCAGCUUGCUGUCAGCUACUUCUUUCACCAGGCUCUUGAUGAUGUGAAAAAAGGCUUCAUCAAAGUUGAGGAGAAGUCUUAUCAGCUGCAGAAGCUGGCAGAGCUGAAGAAGAUGUCCAUGUACCUGAGUUUGUUGAGAAGUUGCAACGGCUACAAUGAGAUCAUCUUCCCUCACUGUUCCUGCGACUCCAGGCGUAAAGGCCACGUGAUCACAGCCAUCAGUAUACAAAACUUCAAGCUGCACGCCUGCACAGAGGAAGGCACGCUUGAGAGUCAGGUGAUCCUGUUCGACUGGGGGGAGAUGCAGAGGUGGGACACAGACGAAGAGGGCAUGGCUUUCUGCUUUGAGUAUGUACGAGGCGAGAAGAAACCCCGCUGGGUGAAGAUUUUUACUCCUUAUUUUAACUACAUGCACGAAUGCUUCGAGAGAGUCUUCUGUGAGCUGAAGUGGAGGAAAGAGGUGGAAGAGGAGGCGAUAGAUAAGGACAAUAAGAACUGCAGUAAAGAUGGUAUGUGUGGAAAGAAUAUUUUCCAGCUGCUUCGCCACAGAAGAGACGGAGGGACGUAAGAAGGAAGAUCCUCGCCUCUUCGGUACAGAGACCUCACCAACUCAGCUGGCCCCGACCUAACCCUGGACUCAACAGCGUUCAGCUGUGCCCUACACGGACAUUAUUUACACUCCAUCAUCACAAGAAGCUACUCCCAACACGCAGACCUGCUGAAACAUUAAACAAACAGAAGCGUCCACCUCCUGAAUCCAGCACAUCAUAAUCACGCAUUAAGCAGAGAAUUCAUAGACUCAAAGCGACGGAUUCAUGCAAGUCUUUUCUUCUUGACAAGGACUCAAAGUGGCAUUUGUUGUGCUCAUGGAGAAGAUUUAAACUUUUGUUUCUUCAGUAGCUAAACUUGGAAAAAAAAAAAAAAAAACACGCUGAAAUGAAUUUAUUGGUGCACUAACAAAGAAAGAAAAGAGGAAGCUGUUAGGUGUCACGAGGGAGGACAGAUGAAAGUAAUUCAGAGGGGUGACCACAGGAAGCUGCUCAGCAUGUCACUUUUGGAGAGAAGCAGCAGCGUCUUGUGGACGCAGGAUGUCCGAGCGUGGAGCCCCCAGCAGACACAUGAUAAACCACGGUGACAUCUUGUA